GACCCGGAGAAGUAUUUCAGUUCAGAGAAAUCGUCGGAAUCGCAUGAAGACUUGGAGACACCUUCCAUCAUUGUGCACUGUCCUCCCCCUGCAUAUAAAUGCUCCAUGUCAUUGGCAUCUCCUCGUACUCCUUCCUCUGCAAUUCGACCUUUGCCGAGACUACCUAGUCAACGUAAAGGCAAAGUACCACCUCCACUCCCUUCAAUCCCAGUGUCACUUAACCCGAUGCGAGAGGGUGAGCCUCUCACGCCCACCCAAAGCCCAGUUCGAACGUGUUCUUUCACACAAGUGUACGGAGACACUCCAGGUCAACUUUCCCCCGGAAUACGACGGAGUAAUUUCAAGUUACCACGUCUGAUGGUUGUGACGUCAGUAUUCGAGCCGGCCAUGAAGGACGAACUGUUAAUUAAACUUGGAGAAACGUUGACAAUGUUAGAGGAGUAUGAAGAUGAAUGGUGCUUGGUCCGACGUCACGACAGGGUGAUGGGCAUGAUCCCUUGUUUCUGCCUCUCCGAGCCGCCAAAGAGUACGACAAGUCCUCAGUUCUCCCCGUAGUCUUUUCUUCGACGUGUUUACGAGUCCUGACGGCCUGACGCUUCAUGACAUUUAAUCUCAAUCCGCCAUUACGGUUCUUUGGUUCUAGCUCUAAUGGACUUCUCUUCUACUCGCUCUUUGCAUUAGUUACAAUCUUUGACUGAUACUGAAAGGGCUGGGCCAAACUUUCAGUGUUAACGAACUUUAAAAUCACCUUAAUUUAUUUGGCGGGGAGGCUUUCUAAGGACACAAGUUUCUAUCUGUUGAAGUCCUCCUGAAUGUAAACCAACACUUUGAAUAGCCGUUCGUUUGAUGUACAAUAUAUUUCAUAGUGUGAUGCAAGGACGGAUGUCUGGUUUCACCCAUACUUUGGUGUUUUUCUCCUC